GCCCCGCCCAUCUCCGCUGGUUCCCGGAAGCCACCGCGGACAAGCUCUCCCGGGCGCGGGCGGGGGUCGUGUGCUUGGAGGAAGCCGCGGAACCCCCAGCGUCCGUCCAUGGCGUGGAGCCUUGGGAGCUGGUUGGGUGGCUGCCUGCUGGUGUCAGCAUUGGGAAUGGUACCACCUCCCGAAAAUGUCAGAAUGAAUUCUGUUAAUUUCAAGAACAUUCUACAGUGGGAGUCACCUGCUUUUGCCAAAGGGAACCUGACUUUCACAGCUCAGUACCUAAGUUAUAGGAUAUUCCAAGAUAAAUGCAUGAAUACUACCUUGACGGAAUGUGAUUUCUCAAGUCUUUCCAAGUAUGGUGACCACACCUUGAGAGUCAGGGCUGAAUCUGCAGAUGAGCAUUCAGACUGGGUAAACAUCACCUUCUGUCCUGUGGAUGACACCAUUAUUGGACCCCCUGGAAUGCAAGUAGAAGUACUUGCUGAUUCUUUACAUAUGCGUUUCUUAGCCCCUAAAAUUGAGAAUGAAUACGAAACUUGGACUAUGAAGAAUGUGUAUAACUCAUGGACUUAUAAUGUGCAAUACUGGAAAAACGGUACUGAUGAAAAGUUUCAAAUUACUCCCCAGUAUGACUUUGAGGUCCUCAGAAACCUGGAGCCAUGGACAACUUAUUGUGUUCAAGUUCGAGGGUUUCUUCCUGAUCGGAACAAAGCUGGGGAAUGGAGUGAGCCUGUCUGUGAGCAAACAACCCAUGACGAAACGGUCCCCUCCUGGAUGGUGGCCGUCAUCCUCAUGGCCUCGGUCUUCAUGGUCUGCCUGGCACUCCUCGGCUGCUUCGCCUUGCUGUGGUGCGUUUAUAAGAAGACAAAGUACGCCUUCUCCCCUAGGAAUUCUCUUCCACAGCACCUGAAAGAGCUCUCUGGCAUCAAUUUUUCCACUUCUCAGAAACACUUUGGCCCACAAAUUCCCAAAGGAACCUUGUUCUUCAUUCUGGAAAACACGAUGCCAACAUAUCAGAAUAAAAGACAGAUAGGAGCUUUUGCUUCAAAGUGAAUCACUUCAUGGAUGUUAAAGUGUCCUGAAAGAUUCUAAACUUCACAACUUUUGAUAGUAACUGUACUAUAUUUGUAACAUAUUUGCAUAUAUUAAUUGUUAUAUCUGAAAAGCAUGAGAUUGCUAUUCUAUAAAAUUAAAUGAAGUAAGUUAAUAUUUUAUUGCUAGGUAUAAGAACUGCUGAUGAGGACAUCUAUAGAAGUAGAAAAUUCUAAAUGUCCUACCAUCACCAAUAAGAAACUUUUGACAGUCCCGUAGAUACAAUAUAAUCACAUGGAAAACUGUAUACAGUAUAUUGUAUGUGAAGAUCCCACAAAAAGAAUAGGGACUGUAGGAAAUAUAAUCAUCUAAGCUACGGGUAAGAAGAACAUCAAGAUUCUUUAAAGCAAUGGCUCUCAAAGUGUGUUUCCUAGACCAGCAGCAUCAGCGCCACAUGAAAGCUUAGGAAUGCAAACUCUCCAGCCCCGCCUCAGACCUACUGGCUCAGCAACUGUGAGGGAGAGGUCUGUAUUUUCAUCUAUGUUAUAACAGGUCCUUGGGUGACUCCAGUAAACACUAAAGUUGGCAAACCAUUGCCUUUAAGGGUGCAUAAGAUGUUAAUUUAGUACAAAAUUUGCAGUUUUCUGUGUUGUUGUGACUUUCUAUUUUUGCAGGAGUAGAAAAGUACCCCAUUGCAGUAGAGAUAAGUGGAUCUGAAACCCCAACAGCAGCUGAAGAGGUUCUUUAUGACAGCUGGAACCUGCACUCCAGUUGCCCUUGCACGUUUGUGGUUUAGCAGUCCCAGAGACAAAUCUGCCAAUUCUGGCUUGCAUCCAACAAAAGUGCAGCUGUUCAUCAUUAGGAGAUGUUGGCUGAUGUACAUAGACAUGUAAGAAAGAUUCAAAGUGUCAUGGAUGGAUCACCAAUAACACCAGCAUAUGCAAGACCAGAGGAGAGUGUGUGAUCCAGGUCCUAGGAUUGACAAAUGAGGACUCAGUCCCUACUUGGGUUGGUGUUUUAUUUUGACUUUUUUCUGAAACAGCAGAGAAGCUUACCAAAUAAUCACAAGGAGAUAAGAAAGUGUUUACAUUUGUUUCAGUUGCUCUUCACUGCCUCCUUAUGACCAACACUCACAAUUCUAUGGUCUUAGCAGUUGCACUAAGAAGUCAGAAGAACCUGCUAUUGUUGGUUCAUAAUCUUUUAUUACCUUUCACUGAGAAACAAUUUAUACUACUAAACAAGAUAUCAGUUAUGAUGCUCAAGAUUUUAAGUGCCUUUUGAACUAAAAACAAACAAAAAAAUUGUGACCUGCAUAUAAUGUAAAUGGUUUAUCUUCAAGUCAAAAGCCACAGGUUUACCUCUGCAGUUUUACUCUUUCCUAAACAUUGCUUUCGUGUAUUGCUUAUGCAUGCUUUCUGCGUCCCAAAAAGUAUGUAGAGAAUAACAGUUUAAGUCCUCCAGAUGAGUUACUACCUCUACUACAUGUUUCAUUCUCAUUACAUGUUUCAUUGCUUAUUAAUGUCUGUGUUUUGUAGUGGACUUCAUGAGGACAGGUAAUGUUACCAACUGAAUUGUGUACCCCCAAAAUUCACAUGUUGAAACCCUAAUCCCCAAUGUGACUGUAUUUGAAGUAGGGCCUACAGCAGGUAAUUAAGGUUAAAUGAGGUCAUAAGGGUGGGGCCCUGAAUCGAUGAGAUUAGUGUCCUUAUAAGAAGAAACAGCAGAGACCUUGUUCUCUCCACCAUAUGAGGACAGAGUGAGAAUGUAGCCAUCUGUGAGCAGGAAGGGAGGCCUCACCAGGAUCCAAAUGAGCCAGAACCUUAAUCUUGGACUUCCCACCCUGCAGAACUGUGAGAAAAUAAAUUUCUGUUGUUUAAGCCA